GAAAAACAUCAACUCGAUUGACAAUGAAAAGCGAACUCUCCUAAAAAUUUGACUAAAAUCACAUGAAGUAAAAUGGAAUUUUGUCUUGAACGAGAUGGGCUACUAAAAGAGGAAGAAGCAGAAAACAGCCCUGAAGCAUUUUUCCCAUCGCCCGCAUCAACAAUCGAAUCCCCAAUAAAACUCGAAUAUCAGAUUUGUGAUGAGGAAUCCACACAUAAAAGUGAUCUUCAUAAGGACGUCUUAACACCUAAAGAGGAACAGGUUUAUAGUUGCGAAAUUUGCGGAGAACAAUUUUCAUUGCAGUAUGCCCUGAACCAGCAUAUGAUCGUUCAUACUGAAGAAAAACAAUAUAAGUGUAAUGUGUGUGGCAAAGAAUUUCAGUAUUAUCAUCGAUUGAAGGACCACACAAAUAUUCACACUGGUGAGCGUCCGUACAAGUGCAUUGUAUGCGGAAAAGAAUUUGCCAUUAAGCGUUACCUAACUAAACACAUGUCUAUUCACCCAAAUGUGUACAAAUAUAAGUGCGAAGCAUGUGGUAAAACCUUUCAUGAUAGUGUUGACCUCGCGAGACACCAACGCAUUCAUACGAACGAGAAGUCUAAAUGCAGCAUAUGCGAGAAAGAUUAUACCAAUAAGUACUAUCUCAGCAGACAUAUGAAAAUUCAUGUGAACGGCUACAAGCAUAAGUGUGAUGUGUGUGGCAAAGGAUUCACCUACAAAUCACUUUUGAAAGAUCACGAAAAUAGUCACACAGGUGAACGGCCCUACAAAUGUAGCGUCUGUGGGAAAGAUUUUCAGGGUAAACUAAAUCUAGCUCAUCACAUGCGCCAACACGCAAGCGUGCGACCGUACAAAUGCACCGUAUGUGGAGAAGAUUUCGUCGUUCAAUCUUUACUAUCCAGACACAUGCUCAUUCACACGAAUGAUUAUAAGCAUAUGUGUGACAUUUGUGGCAAAGGAUUUCUGACCAAAAAAGUCUUGAAAGAUCAUGAACGCUGUCAUACAGGAGAGCGACCGUACAAAUGCACUGUAUGCGGAAAAGAUUUCGCGACUAAAUUUCACCUAUCCAGACACAAGUUUAUUCACGAAAGAGAUUAUAACUACAAGUGUGAAGUGUGUGGCAAAGCCUUUAAUGAUGGUGUUAACCUCGCGAAACACGAAUGCGUUCAUACAAACUAUACUCAUGUGGAUGGGUACGAGCAUAAGUGUGAGGUGUGCGGCAAAGGAUUCAUCUCCGUAUCACUUUUGAAAGAACACGAACACAGUCACCCAGGUGAACGGCCUUACAAAUGCACUGAAUGCGGAAAGGACUUUUGUGUUGAAAGAAAACUUUUUUCGCACAUGCGACUUCACACAAGCGAGCGACCGUUCAAAUGUACCGUAUGUGGAAAAGAUUUUGUCGUUAUGCCUUACCUAACUAAACACAUGCUUACUCACACGAAUUAUAAUAGGCAUGAGUGUGAUGUGUGUGGCAAAGGAUUUAUGACCAGAGCACUCUUGAGAGAUCAUAAACGCGCUCAUACAGGAGAGCGACCGUUUAAAUGCACCGUAUGUGGAAAAGAAUUUGCCAUUAAUGGUUACCUAACUAAACACAUGGCUAUUCACCAAAGUGAGUACAAAUAUAAGUGCGAAGUGUGCGGCAAAGCCUGGAAUUACGGUGCCAACCUCAUGAAACACAAACGCACUCAUACGAACGAGAGGUUUAAAUGCACCAUAUGCGAGAAAGAUUUUUCCACUAAGUAUUAUCUCAGCACACACAUGAAAGUUCAUGUGGAUGAUUACGAGCAUAAGUGUGAUGUGUGCGGCAAAGGGUUCAUCUCCAAAUCCCUUUUGACAGACCACGAACAUAGUCACACAGGUGAACGGCCUUACAAAUGCACUGUAUGCGGAAAAGACUUCCAUCAGAAAAGAAAACUUUCUUUACACAUGCAUCAUCACACAAGCGAACGACCGUACAAAUGCACCGUAUGUGGAAAAGAUUUUACUACUAAGAAUUACCUAAAUGAGCACAUGCUUAACCAUACGACAUAAAUGUGAUAGGUGUGGCAAAGGAUUCUCAAAAGUAAUCACAGUCAUGCAGGGCAGUGACGGUACAAAUAGUGAGCGACCCUUCCAAUGCAUCGUGCGCGAUGAAAAAAAUAACAGGAAAAUAAUUACUUGAAGCUGCAAGCUGCAUUUUCGAAGUAAUAUAACUUUCUCGGCCACUCGAAAUUGUGUGGAAAUCGAAAAAGUCACACCACUUAUCGCGGAACGAUAGUAGUAAUAAAUUAAU